GCGCUUUCUUCCACAAAAUAUCUGCUUAUUUUCUUUGUUAAAACCUGCUUUUUCAAAAAUAAAAACCUAGACUGGCGAAGAUGAAGCGCCGUCUUGGAUAAAUGGGAGCGCAUGGGGAGGAUGCUGCUCACAGCAGGAGCAGGUGCAUUUAGCCAAGUGGAGGCGCAGGGCACAGAGCAGGAGCGACGCACAACGGGCACCGGACCACAACACCUGCUCCAAAGGAAAACCCCUCAUGCUUAGAUGUGCUGCUUGGUUAACGCGCUUCUUCCCUCCAAAAUAAUUGGAUUUUUGCUUGCAACUUAUAUGUGUUAACAAGGAGACGGUGGGCAGGAAACCGAAGGACGCACAGCUCAUUUGGAAAAUACUGUAGUGACAAAAAAAAAGAAAAAAAAAUUCAAGGACUGCUCUGCUCUCAAUAAGGCUGCUUCCCAGAAAUCAGUCUUUUUCUUAUCAAGGACGGAAUCAUCUGCAAGGAUGCCUGGAGCACUUUUAUCAACGCAGUCGCUCUACAUAGGGAUGGAGGUGGUGAUUGCAGUCGCGUCAGUAAUCGGGAAUGUGAUGGUGGUUUGGGCGGUGAAAAUUAAUAAGUCGCUGCGAGAUACCACGUUUUGUUUCAUCGUCUCUCUGGCUCUGGCGGAUAUUGCAGUGGGAGCCCUCGUCAUCCCCUUGGCCAUUACUAUCAGCAUCGGACUCCAAACUCACUUCUACAGCUGCCUGCUCGUGGCGUGCACGGUGCUGGUGCUGACGCAAAGUUCAAUCCUGGCCCUGCUGGCUAUUGCAAUUGACCGCUAUCUCAGGGUCAAGAUCCCGACCAGGUACAAGCGGGUUGUGACCCCUCGGCGAGCGGGACUGGCGGUGGUGAUAUGCUGGACGGUAGCCUUCAUUGUGGGGCUCACCCCCAUGUUAGGCUGGAACAACCUGAAGCGCCUUCAGCAGAACGGCUCCAUCAGCUCUGACCUCGUCAUCACCUGCCAGUUUGAGAACGUCAUCAGCAUGGACUAUAUGGUCUAUUUCAACUUUUUUGGCUGGGUGCUGCCACCGCUGCUGCUCAUGCUGGUCAUCUAUGCAGAGAUCUUCUACAUGAUCCACAAGCAACUUAACAGCAAGAAGUUCACCACCAGUCACACAGACCCCAACAAAUACUAUGACAAGGAGCUGAAUCUCGCUAAGUCAUUGGCUCUCGUUCUUUUUCUCUUCGCCAUCAGCUGGCUCCCGCUCCACAUCAUCAACUGCAUCACCCUCUUCUGCCCUGAGUGCAACAAGCCUAUAGUCCUCCUCUACAUCGCCAUCCUGCUCACCCAUGGUAACUCCGCUGUCAACCCGAUUAUCUACGCUUUCCGUAUUAAGAAGUUCCGCUCGGCCUUCAGGAAAAUCUGGCAGCAGUAUUUCUGCUGCAAAGACACACCAGCUCUGGAGAUACAGCCCAGCGACAGGAAAGAGAUGCCCAAUGCAGAACCACAGCAGGCGACGCCACCACAGCCACCUCAGCCACCUCAGAAGGAAAUCCUAAAAUCUGAUCCAACACCUGAGCAGCCGCCUCCACCACCACCACCUGAGCAGCAGCAGGACCAGGGGACCGAACCACCCCAACAACCUAAAGAACAUCCGCCCUUACUGGAGCAGAACACAGUCUAA